GCUAAGUCGAUUGGCCCAAGCUGGUGUUAAACACCUGUUUGUUUUUUAAAUAAGGGGUAUCUGGUUAGAUUGGAUUUUCCUGGGUUGUUUGUUGGUGAGCUAUAGCUUUAAAGAAUCCCAUUCAGGAACAAUGGCCCUGGAGGACAGUUCUGCCACCACUGAAAGCUGUAGAUCAGAGAAGCCUACCUGUGUGAUCUGGGGUGGUCAGCUAGAUGGUGAGAACCCAACCUACACAUUUGAUGUCCCAGAGGAGUGGUCAUAUGAUCAGCAGCUGUCCCUGAGGACGAUCUGUCUAGGGGAAAAUGCCAAGGAUGAAAUCAAUAUUGUGGAGAUCAUGCCUCCCAAAGAUAGCAAGGCAUCUACUGCAGUGCAUGUGGCAACCUUGAAACUUUCUGUGCUUCCAAUGGCUACCUUAGUGGGACUUGAUCUGACUCCUCCUGUCACAUUCAGACUAAAAUCAGGCUCUGGGCCUGUCUACCUUGCUGGACAACAUUUAUCAGUUGGUUUCCCAUGGGAAGGGGAUGGUGCUCAGGAAGAGUGCUCUGAAGAAGGUGACGAGACAGAGAACUCUUCCAAGGAGGAGUCUCCUAUGAAACCUGUCAAAAGCCAACCUCACAAGCAUGCAUCUAUAGCCAAGAAAGAGCAACAGCUGUCUGAUCAGGAGCAAUCUCUGGGGAGGAAAGCAAGCAGGAAGAGGAAGCCUGCAGUGAAGGGAGAACUGAGAUUAUAAGUUCUGAUGGAAGGAACUGAAAGAAGAGUUGGGUCUACUUAAUGCUGCUCAAAAGAAAUAAAACGUGCAUAUUA